GAGUUUUCAUCACACAACACUUUAAAAAUGAGAGAAGUCAUAUCUAUUCACGUAGGAUAAGGAGGUAUUUAAGUUGGUAAUGCCUGUUGGGAAUUAUUCUGUCUUGAACACGGAAUCCAACCAGAUGGUUAAAUGCCAUCAGACAAGACAAUCGGAGGAGGAGAUGAUGCCUUCAACACCUUUUUCUCUGAAACUGGUGCAGGAAAGCACGUCCCAAGAGCUGUCUUUUUGGAUUUGGAACCAACAGUUAUUGAUGAAGUCAGAACAGGAACAUACAGAUAAUUAUUCCACCCAGAAUAAUUGAUUUCAGGAAAAGAAGAUGCUGCCAACAACUUCGCCAGAGGUCACUACACCAUCGGAAAGGAAAUUGUCGAUUUGUGCUUAGACAGAAUCAGAAAGUUAGCUGAUAACUGCACAGGUCUCUAAGGUUUCUUGGUCUUCCACUCAGUCGGAGGAGGAACAGGAUCAGGAUUAGGAUCACUUUUAUUGGAAAGAUUGUCAGUCGAUUAUGGUAAGAAAUCUAAAUUGGGUUUCACCAUCUAUCCAUCACCAUAAGUUUCAACAGCCGUCGUUGAACCAUACAACUCCAUCUUGUCAACCCACUCAUU